GGGCGGCGGCCGUUGGCGGCCGGGCCGGCGGUGCCGCCGCUUCCUGCGCCGCCGCCGCCGCGUCCGCGGGGCCGCCACACGGCCUGCCCCCCCCACCACUGCCGCCCCCCACUGCCGCCGCAGGGAUGUCGCCCGCCAUCGCGGCCAAGGAGGGCGGCCGGCAGCGCCGGGCCGGGAGCCACCAGCACUGCCUGGACGUGAGGAGCGAGGCGCUGUGCGGGGCCGGGCUGCCGGGCGGCGAGGCCGAGCCGCUGCUGCUGGUACCGGCGUCGGAGCCGAGCUCGAGGGGGUGCCGCGCGGAGUUGGGCAGCAUCCUGCUGCUGCUGGUGCUGUACGUACUGCAGGGUAUCCCGCUGGGGCUGGCGGGCAGCGUCCCCCUCAUCCUGCAGAGCAAGAACGCGAGCUACACCGAGCAGGCCUUCUUCAGCUUCGUGUUCUGGCCCUUCAGCCUCAAGCUGCUCUGGGCCCCCUUGGUGGACGCCGUCUACCUGCGGGGCUUCGGCCGCCGUAAGUCCUGGCUGGUGCCCACGCAAUACAUCCUGGGGUUCUUCAUGAUCUACAUGUCCACCCAGGUGGAUGCACUCCUGGGCGACGGGAAGGGUCGCAGCCCCGACGUGGUGGCCCUCACUGUGACUUUCUUCCUCUUCGAGUUCUUGGCGGCGACACAGGACAUUGCGGUGGACGGCUGGGCCCUGACCAUGUUAUCCAGGGAGAACGUGGGCUACGCCUCCACCUGCAACUCCGUGGGCCAGACUGCCGGCUACUUCCUGGGCAACGUCCUUUUUCUGGCCUUGGAAUCGGCCUCCUUCUGCAACAAGUACCUGCGGUUCCAGCCUCAGCCCCAAGGGAUUGUUACCCUCUCAGAUUUCCUGUUUUUCUGGGGAGCUGUCUUUCUAGUUACCACUACACUGGUUGCCCUUUUGAAAAAGGAGAACAAGGAGCUAACACCAACAAAAGAAGAAACAAAAGGCAUCACAGAUACAUACAAGCUACUAUUCUCAAUAAUCAAGAUGCCGGCAGUUCUCACUUUCUGUCUCUUGAUUCUCACAGCAAAAGUUGGAUUUUCAGCAGCAGAUGCUGUAACAGGACUCAAAUUGGUGGAAGAGGGAGUCCCAAAAGAGCACUUAGCUCUGUUAGCAGUUCCAAUGGUUCCUUUACAGAUAAUACUGCCUCUGAUUAUCAGCAAAUACACGGCAGGCCCCCAGCCACUGAACACGUUUUACAAAGCUAUGCCUUUUAGAUUACUGCUUGGGCUGCAAUUUGCUUUUCUGGUAUGGUGGACUCCUAAAGUGAAACACGAAGGAGGAUUUCCUGUCUACUACUACGCUGUAGUAUUGUUGAGUUAUGCUUUACAUCAGAUCACGCUGUAUAGCAUGUAUGUUGCAAUAAUGGCUUUCAACGCCAAAGUCAGCGAUCCGCUGAUUGGAGGGACCUACAUGACGCUCCUCAAUACUGUGUCCAACCUGGGAGGGAACUGGCCUUCCACCGUGGCGCUCUGGCUCGUGGACCCACUCACAGUGAAGGAGUGUGCAGGAGCCCAGGAACAGACCUGUGGGACUGCAGUUGCUGCAGAACUCUGCACAAAAGCUGGUGGUUCCUGUGUUAUUACCUUGGAUGGUUACUACGUGGAAUCGAUCAUCUGUGUCAUUCUGGGAUUUGGCUGGUGGUUUUUACUUGGGCCCAAAUUUAAAAAGCUGCAGGAUGAAGGACAGUCUUCCUGGAAGUGCAAGAGGACCAAUUGAUGUAGCUUCAAUAUUGGAUGGACUAACAAGGUCAUUUUAGUUUUCUUACAAAGACAUCUCCAUAAUCAAUAAACAGGAAUACAGGUAUUUUUAAAUGCCACGUCACUGAAGGAAUGGGAGGCUGACAUGGUGGUAUGUUCAUAUGUGGUACCACUUGCCCUCCCAAGAUGAAAAUGUAAGUUCAGAAAGUAAUUGUUAGAAAACAGCACCCCUACACUACAUCUGCUCGAGCUCCAGCUUUGGAGCCGUGGCUGCCAGUACAACCGAUGCCCCUGUUUCCAUACACUCAGUACGGAAAAGCGAAUCGUGCCAUGUCUGUCUAAACAGCAGCAUUGUCAGCUAAGUUCCAACUCUCUGUUUCAGACGGAAUUGAUCUGACACGGGGAGUUGCCCCGGGCAAGGAUAUCAAGGACGUUUGACUUGUAGGUUAAGUGUGUUGUACUAUGGAAUUCAUUGUGGGAAGACAAAUGUGAAGUGUCUGUGCGCUUUCAUUCUUCUCACUUUCUGAACUGUAACCACACCUCAAAGGAUGAAACGUUUCAGAGAUUCUUUUAAAUGUAUUUUCUGGCUUUUAUAAGCUUUAAAGAUUUAUAAGAAAAUAUUUUUGUAAACAAAUUACAUUUGUUUAAUUUAUUUCCGCUAUUGCAAAGCAUUUUGAUUUACAUUCAAGAUACUUUCUUGACAAAAAAAUUGCUGUCAGGUAGGACUUGAGUAACGCACAAUACUCUAAGCCUUGAGUCUUGAAGAUGUAAACUGGGCAGUGUAGCAGCUAGCGCACACAGACCGGCUUCAAAAGGGCCUUCAGAAGGCAGUUGUUACUCUGCGUGAAUGAAUUGAUAGUGUUGGUUGUCACUAAAAUUCAAACAUUCACAUUCAAAAUCAGUGGAAAUAAAAUGUGACCGCUCCCAACUAGGGGUAAGGAAAGAUGAUCAGUGCCUUCAAAAUUGAUCUGGUGGUGACAAACUUAGCGAACUCCUGAUGAGCUGGUGUGUGACUGGCUGUCACUUAGCACCAAACAAGUGAAGUCCUGUGAUAGAGCUGCUACAGAGCCUUAUUGUUGAUGCCACGUGGUGAAACGUUCCCGUUGCGUUUAUC